GUCCAGCAGCUGGUGGUUAAAGAAGAGGUUCCCCCUGAGCAGCAGGAGUGGAGCUCCAGUCUGGACCAGGAGGACCCAGAGCCCCCCCCACACAUUAAAGAGGAGCAGGAGGAACUCUGGAUCAGUCAGGAGGGAGAGCAGCUUCAAGGGCUGGAGGAGGCUGAUAUCACCAAGUCCACAUUCACUCCUGUCCCUGUGAAGAGUGAAGAUGAUGAAGAGAAACCUCAGUCCUCUCAGCUUCAUCAAAGACAAACUGAACACCUGGAAACAGAAGCUGAUGGAGAGAACUGUGGAGGACCAGAACCAGCCAGGAACUCAGAUCCAGAGAGACAUUUACAACCAGAGACUGAGGACAACCCUGGAGACUCUUCUGAACCUGACACUGAAGACAGGGCUGAUUGGAAGGAGACCAGAGAACCAGGUUCAAACUCUCAGAGAAAUAAACAAAACUCUGUCAGUGAUUCAAGACGUAGUGCAGGAGAGAAACCAAUCAUCUGCUCAAUUUGUAAGAAACAUUUUGCACAGAGAGGAAGUUUAAAGGAACACAUGAUAAUCCACACAGGAGAGAAACCAUUCAGCUGCUCGAUUUGUAGGAAACAUUUUGCACAGAGAGGAAAUUUAAAGGAACACAUGAUAAUCCACACAGGAGAGAAACCAUUCAGCUGCAGUGUUUGUGACAGAAGAUUUACUUGGAGUCGUUCGGUCAAAAUCCAUAAGUGUGUUGGUCGUCAGUCCUCACAGCUUCAUCAAACUCAGACUGAGGAGAACAGAGAGGCAGAGCCUCCAGCCAGCAGCUCAGCUGAACACAUGGAUACAGAAGCUGAUGGAGAGGACUGUGGAGGACCAGAACCAGCCAGGAACUCAGAUCCAGAGAGACAUUUACAACCAGAGACUGAGGACAACCCUGGAGACUCUUCUGAAGACACUGAAGACAGUACUGAUCCUCAGUCCUCACAGCUUCAUCAAAGACAACAUGAACAUAUGGAAACAGAAGCUGAUGGAGAGGAAUGUGGAGGACCAGAACCAGCCAGGAACUCAGAUCCAGAGAGACAUUUACAACCAGAGACUGAUAAAGGUGGCGAACCAUCUCUAGAACCUGAUGACAAUGUUGACAUUGAGUUUUGGAAAGAUACCAGGCAGCAUCAGUCUGGGUUCACUUAUCGAAGAAAUAAAAAAGUAUCUAUAAGUAAAGGAUAUAUGACCAGUAAGACAGCAGUCAGCUGCUCUGAUGACCAGGUUCAAACAGAUCCCAGGACUGGUGAUGGUGUUUGUUUUUCCACACAGACCAGGCAUCCUCAUUCAGGUCCAAACCAUUUGGAAACUGAGGACGUUUCCAUCAGCGAGAAUCCAUUCAGUCCCUCAGAGCGUAAAGAUCAAUAUGAGGACAGUCAGCUGACGCACAAAACAUCUCCCACAAGAGAGAAACCAUUCAGUUGCUCAUGUUGUGGUAAAUGGUUUGCAACAGAAGGAAAUCUGACCAGGCACAUAUGUGUCCACACAGAGGAGAAACCACCCAGUUGUGUGGAGUCGCAGCUCUUGAACCACGAGUGUGUCGGCGAGCCCUCUCAUUGUCACACUUCUAACCCACUGUUCGACAGCUCUCAGUGUGGAACAGUAAUAGACCGAAAGCACCAGCUGCCGGUUACCAGCAGAUUUCAGAAAAGUCUGAAACCGAAUGAUGGCUCACUUUGUGGUAUCGCUUUUUCCAAUCUUGAAAGUUCUCACAUGCCUGGUCAGUUUGGGGAGAAACCUUUCUGCUGCUCUGUGUGUAACUCAGGUUUCAGUGACAGCGAGGCUUUAGUACAACACAUGAGGAUCCACACGAGACAAACCCAGUUUAGUUGCUCACUUUGUGGUAAAGAAUUUGCAUGGAGAAGAUCUCUGACUAAACAUAUGAAAGUCCACAAAAGGCCGAAAUUAUGCUGCAGAUAUUGUAACAGAAUGUUCCCUUCGCAAUUUACGCUGAAAUACCAUGAAUGUGAGGGUAAGUCCUCACAGCCUCUUCAAACAGAAGAUGUAGAAACAGAAGCUGAUGGAGAGGACUGUGGAGGACCAGAACCAGCCAGGAACUCAGAUCCAGAGAGACAUUUACAACCAGAGACUGAGGACAAGCCUGGAGACUCUUCUGAGACUGAAGACAGUGAAGAGGAUGAUUUUUGGAAACAGAGCAGUGAAGGCCGGUCAGAUUUAAACUCUCUGAAACAUGCAUUUGAUGAAGAGAAACCUCAGUCCUCACAGCUUCGUCAAAGACAAACUGAACACCUGGAAACAGAAGCUGAUGGAGAGGACUGUGGAGGACCAGAACCAGCCAGGAACUCAGAUCCAGAGAGAAAUGUACAACCAGAGACUGAGGACGACCCUGGAGACUCGUCUGAACCUGACACUGGAGACAUUGGAGAUUCGAAGGAGCCCAGAGAACCAGGUUCAAACUCUCCGAAAAAUAAACAAGACCCUGUCGGGCCGUCUCCACGGCAGCGUUAAAAAAUCUUGAAACGCUUCUGCCCAUUCACUUUGAAUGGG